UCAGUAGGUGCAGAGUGCUGUUUGUGGAUAGUUUGGAGUGGUAGAUACGCUGAAGUAGGAGAUCGGUCGCGCGGUGUGUUGCAAAAGUACAAAAUGUCAAGUCAAGGCGAACAAAAGGCAGCAGCUGCCUCACCCAAGGCUCCGGCUCCGAUUCCAGGUGGUUUGAAGUUCCUUUUCGGAGGUAUUGCAGGCAUGGGUGCCACCUGCAUUGUGCAGCCAUUGGAUUUGGUGAAGACUAGAAUGCAAAUCUCAGGUGCUGGCGGUGGUAAAAAAGAAUAUGAAAACUCAUUGGACUGCAUUAAGAAGGUGGUCAAAAAUGAAGGCCCCUUGGGGUUGUAUAAGGGCAUUGGAGCAGCGCUGCUGCGUCAGGCAACCUAUACAACAGGCCGGCUUGGUGUCUAUACAUACUUGCAGGAUUUCUAUCAAACUACGUUUAAACGCACGCCCGGUAUAUUGGAUAGCAUGGGCAUGGGUAUUAUAGCCGGCGCAAUGGGCGCCUUCAUCGGUACGCCAGCUGAGGUCGCACUUAUUCGUAUGGCCAGUGAUGGACGUCUGCCGCCAGCGGAGCGGCGCAACUAUUCCAAUGUGUUAAAUGCGCUGACACGCAUAACGCGUGAAGAAGGCGUGACAGCAUUGUGGCGUGGCAGCAUUCCUACUAUGGGCCGGGCUAUGGUGGUGAAUAUGACACAGUUGGCUUCCUAUUCGCAAUUCAAAAACUACUUCAAAAAUGGACCACUCAAGAUGGAUGAAGGCAUUGGACUGCAUUUUUGCUCAAGUAUGUUGAGUGGUUUUCUCACAACAAUCACUUCCAUGCCGUUGGACAUUGCCAAGACUCGUAUACAAAAUAUGAAGACAGCACCUGGCGCCAAGCCGGAAUAUAGUGGCACCAUCGAUGUGCUGCUCAAGGUGGCACGUCAAGAAGGUCUCUUUGCGUUAUGGAAAGGUUUCACACCGUAUUUCUGUCGUCUUGGUCCACAUACAGUGCUGACAUUCAUCUUCCUGGAACAAUUAAACAAACAAUAUCGUGAAUUCGCUAGCCGUAGCAAGUAAGCAGGUGGACUGUGAUGUAAUCACUUCUGACAGCUAGAAAUGUGUGCGCGCUUAUGUGGCCUAAAUAAUGCGUGCACUAACAAACAUGCAUUGCCUAUAAAUCAGUAACGAAGUGCAAAUAUAUGUGGCUAUCAAAUUGUUUUCCUACAAAAAAUCGAAAAAUAUUUUUGACGACAUUCGCAAAUUUAAUCAAUUAAGUAAAUGUUUGAAUGCAGAUAGGCUUUUCUAGUUUACUUUAAUAAGUUGUUUGUCCGCCGACCUAACUCUUUUUUUAUAUUGUAGUUGUAAAUGCACACUAAUUUGCACAUAAACGAAAACAAAACUAAAAAAAAGUGAUGAGAAGCUUCACUUAUAUUUUCCAUAAGCAGCACAAUUGUUGAUAUAUAUACAUACAUAUGUACAUAGAUUAUUGAAUAUAACGAUACAAAUAUACCUAACUGUAUGGCAUAUUUUAUUUUUUAAAUAAUAUAUCAAGCAUUAAAUACAUCCAAGUAUACAUACA